AUGGGACCAGUUGUCGAGCGGACGACAAUCAAGUUCGACAAAAUCGUAACGAAUUUCGGAUCGGCUUACGAUUCGAAUACCGGUAUCGUCACUGCGCCAGUCAGAGGAGUCUACCAUUUCACCGUUAUCAUUAGCGCCCAGAGCCAGCAAAAGCGGCGAUCUAGGAGGGGGCUGAAGGGGGUCAUAAUCCUCCCCCAGUUGGGUCAUAAUCCUCCCCAGUUGGAUUAUAAUCCUCCCCCAGUUGGGUCAUGGUCCUCUUCCUGUUGGUUCAUGGUCUCCUCCCGUUGUGAGCAAUAUUGUAGUGGUUAA